AUAACUUAUAUAAACAUGUCUGCACGUUUCAGAAGCCUUAAGGAUCCAAAAAGGAAUUUAUUGAUGAUCGAAGAAAGUUCACAUUCUAAUAAUAUUUACCCUGUUUCUUUGUCCCCCGUUUUUAAGUUUUCUUUUGCCUCCAAAAAUUGAAGACCCCUUACAGGGAAACUUGAGGUAUAUAAGCCAUUUUCUUUGGGAGCUUUGGCUGCUGAGAUUUCAAUGAAAUUUUGUUGUUUGCAGGGUGGCCCAGAAAUGGAGAAGAUGAGGCAAUGGGGAUGGUUUCUGGGGUCAUUUGCAGCAAUACUUAUUCUGGUUCUGUUCUUGGCUGGUGAUGGAAGCUACGACGAGACGACGAGCCCAGUAAGACGAUCACUGAGGAGCGCACUGCCUUGGCAACAGCAGGGUGUCAGUUUAUUAGCAAGGAACCGCAAUAGGGUUGUUAUGGACAAUGGCAUUGUCAAAGUCAUUUUCUCUAAUCCGGGCGGUAAUGUUAUUGGAAUACGAUACAGAGGCCUUGACGUACUUGAAAUGGAGAAUGAAGAAAAUAAUAGAGGGUACUGGGAUGUGGUUUGGAAAAAGAAUAUAACUGACAAACUACAAUCAACGAAAUUUAAGGUCAUUACCACCAGGCCAGACCAAGCAGAGAUCUCUUUCUUAAGAACAUAUGAUGUUUCCUUUGGUAACGACACAAACACAAUUCCCUUGACCGUCGACAAAAGAUACAUACUGCAACGGGGUAGUUCUGGUUUCUAUGCAUAUGGCAUAUUCGAGCGGCUUGAAGGGUGGCCGGGAGUAAUGGAUAUGGAUCAAAUUAGAAUGGUGUACAAACUUGAAGAAUCCAAAUUUCGGUAUAUGGCGUUAUCAGACACUAGGCAAAGAAUGAUGCCAACAGCAGCAGAUCGUUCUAGUGGUCAUACACUUGCAUACAAAGAAGCUGUUCUUUUGACAAAUCCUAGCAAUCCUGAGUUUAGAGGAGAAGUAGAUGACAAGUACCAGUACUCGAUCGAGGACAAAGAUAACAAAGUUCAUGGUUGGAUUAGUACUGAUGAAUCUGUGGGAUUUUGGAUGAUCACACCUAGUGACGAAUUUCGUACCGGAGGUCCUUUUAAGCAGGACCUCACCUCCCAUGUCGGCCCAACCACCCUCUCGAUGUUUGUUAGUACUCAUUACGCUGGGAAGGCUCUUGGGAUCAAAUUCGAAGAGGGAGAGGCAUGGAAAAAGGUUUUCGGACCGGUCUUUGUGUAUCUGAACUCGGCUCCAGGCUCAAAGAAUUCCACCAGUAUGCUUUGGAAUGAUGCUAAACGGCAGAUGCUUAAAGAAGUCGAGAGCUGGCCGUAUAAUUUCACUCAAUCUGAGGACUUUCCUUCUUCCGAUGAACGGGGAUCAGUUUCUGGCCAAUUACUAAUACAUGAUCGGUACAUCAAUGAGAGCCUUUUCCCAGCAAAUUCUGCUUAUGUGGGAUUGGCGGCACCCGGGGAAGUCGGGUCUUGGCAAAUGGAAAACAAAGGUUAUCAGUUUUGGAUUCAAUCUGAUGAAGAAGGUCAAUUCAUUAUCAAAGAUGUUCGACCCGGGAACUAUAGUUUUUAUGCAUGGGUCCCUGGCAUUCUUGGUGAUUACAAAUAUGAAGCUGAUAUAACAAUUACUCCGGGGUGUAAUAUCAAAUUGGACAAUCUUACCUACGAACCUCCAAGAAAUGGUCCUACUUUGUGGGAAAUUGGCAUCCCUGAUCGCACUGCUUCCGAAUUCUACGUACCAGAUCCAUAUCCGACUCUUUUGAACAAGUUAUACAGCCACAUAUACUCAGAAAACUUUAGGCAGUACGGGUUGUGGACCCGUUAUGGAGAGCAGUUCCCUCAUACAGAUCUUGUCUACACCGUAGGCGUUGACAAUUACUUUGAUAAUUGGUUCUAUGCUCAAGUGACCAGGAAUACUGGAGAUGAAACAUAUGUAGGUACGACGUGGCGAGUUCUAUUUGAACUCGAUAAUGUCACGAAUCCAGGAAAUUAUACACUCCAAUUGGCAUUGGCCUCGGCAAACAGUGCGGAAUUGCAGGUUCGAAUUAACAACGAGAGCGAUGAGCCACCUCAUUUUACAACAAAGUUAAUAGGAGGGGACAACGCGAUAGCGAGACAUGGAAUUCAUGGUUUGUAUUGGUAUUAUAGUAUUGAAAUACCUAGCCCGCUACUAAACGAAGGAAAGAACACAGUCUAUCUCUCUCAGACGAGAGGUGGUGAAAUUUUCCAAGGCGUGAUGUACGACUAUAUCAGACUAGAAGCACCUUCAUCACACACUGACUCGCAAGUAGUGCUAUAGAUCACUUUCUUACAAAAUAUUUGGCGCGGCAACUCCAUUAUACAGUAGUUAGUACUUAGUACGUCAUAGAAAAACUAACCCACAUAUCUGUUUUACGAUAAAGUUGGAACAUCGAUCGGGCAAGAAAAUUUGUUCUUCAUAUAGUGUACGCAUGCACACGUACGUACAGUGAUAAUCGAUAAAUACAAAAUUGCUGAAUUCGUCUUCGAGACAUUUCACGUACAGUAACGUUCUAAAAUCGCUAAUUAGUAGGAGA